GCAAACCCAUCAUGACCCGACCCUUGAAGACCCGUAACCCGAGAUUCCCAACCUGAAAUUACCCAACCCGACCCGUUUGCCAGAUCUAGAGCAACCGCAUAACGACCAAAAAUAUUUCAUGAACCUACACAACCAAAUCACAUCCUAGUUCAUAAUAAUCAAAAUAGAGAUCAAUCACAAUCGAUUCAAACACGAUCAACGCUGAUUCCCGUGCCUAUCAAAAUUCCCUAAGCACGAUCAUAUAAGACACUUGACUUCACAUCUUGAAUUGAUGAAUUCAAAAUUUUUUGAACACCAAAAUCAAAUCUUUUUGCCAAAUCGGCCAAAACCUGAAUCUGAAUGACCUAGGUCUGGCGGGAUGAUGGGUACCUUUUUUGUAGGUCAAAACUCAAAAGGAGUUUCCUCAUCCCACGAGGGCGUUAUUGUAAUUCAACAAAAACAAGGGCGCGUUAGGGUUUCCUUCCCCCAUUUAUAAACCUCGUUUUUGGAUCGCUGCCGUGCGGUUGUAUUAGCUGUAAUUGUCGGUUCGAUUCCCUCUCUCCUUCUUCACUUCCCCCUUCUCUUACUUAGCUCUCUGCCUCCAAUUUUUUUCCCUCCCUGAUCAAAUUUCUGAUCAUACUUUCGCCUCCAUUAUCAUCAUCUGAUUCCCUGAUCACUUCACCUUCUCCCUCGUCCAGUCCGAAUCUGAUCACGAUCAUUUCUGUAGCUUGAUUAGAUCACCACCUUCCAAAUCUUACCUAGAUCUCUGUUCUCACAAGCUUCUACUUGAUUCACUACCCAGCUCGAGUUCAGCCUCCAAUCGGGGAACUUGACAGCUGCCCAUUUCAGCUCAUAGCCAUUCCCGAUCUGGGUUCCUGUUAGAUCUCGAGUACACCCGCCUUAAAAUGCCCGAUCCGAGUGACAAAAUGUCGGGCUACGCCGACGACGACGGCAGCCGGGGAUCCUCGCCGGGAGGAGAAGGAGACGGCCAACAGAAGAAGACGUGCGCCGAUUGCGGAACGAGCAAGACCCCUCUAUGGAGAGGCGGCCCUGCCGGUCCCAAGUCGCUUUGCAACGCGUGUGGGAUCAGGAGCAGGAAGAAGAGAAGGGAUAUACUAGGGUUAAACAAAUCGUCAUCCACCGAGAAGAAAUCGGCGGCGAAGAAGGCCCUGACCCAUGGCGGCGGCGGCGGAGGAGGGCAUAAUGGUCACACCAGCAGUAACAAGCUGGUGGGGAACGGGUUGAAAGCGAGAUUUGUGGCGUUGGGAAGGGAAGUGAUGAUGAAGCAGCAGCAGAGAUCGAAGGUGGAGAAGCAGAGAAGGAAGUUGGGGGAGGUAGAGCAAGCGGCGGUUCUGUUGAUGGCGUUAUCUUAUGGCUCUGUUUAUGCCUAAUCAUUGGUUUGGUUUCUAAUUAGGGAUUUGGGUAAUCAAUAAGCAAGAACCCAAAUAGAAUGAGAGGAAAAUUUGUAUUAGCUGACCAAAAUUUAAGAUUAGUAGAUGGGUUUAGUGAGUUGGGUUUGAAUGUGUAAUCCUUAAAAGUUUUGGAGGGUGCUAACUGUAUUUGAUGAUGAUGUUUGUUGUUGUUCUUAGGGUUUGGGUGGACAGUGAAAAGAAAUGUGGUGGGUGGGUGGAUGGGGUUGUGUUGAAUUGAAGAGGAGAUGAGCAAAAAAGAAAGAAAAAAAAGUGCUGCAAUGAUUUUUAUAAUAUUCAAUUCUAUUCUAUUUAACAGCUGUUGUGAUGGCGAUGGGUCUUGGUUUGUUGGUUG